AUGGCAUCCACAGAGCCCACCCCCGACUCUCCCAUCCAACGCGCACGGGAAUCAUCCCCACCCCAUGAACCGGACAAGAGGAAGAAACUCCGUACCGUUAAAGAGGAACACGCAUUGGAUUUCGGAAAUGUUGUCACCGUGGUGGUAGGGAACGAUAGCGAAGGGAAAUCGAAAUCUGUUAUUGUUCACGAAGACCUACUCCGCGCAUCAUACGAAUUCUUCGACAAGGCCCUGGACGGUCCUUGGAAAGAAUCUGCACGGCGAAUAAUUGAACUUCCCGCGGAUGAUCCGAGAAUAUUUGCGAUGUACGUCCGCUGGUUGUAUUUCGGCAGCCUAGCGGUUCUUAAGGGAAAUGUUGAGGCAGAAGAAGGCGAAAACCAGUUCACCAACUUAGUCAAUGCUUACAUCCUCGGCGAUAAGCUGUUGUGUGGUGACUUCCAGAAUGCUGCUAUCAAAGAAUUCGUCAAGAGAAUGAAAUUUUUCGACCCCCACAACGAUGUCGUGAAACACAUCUAUGCACAUACAAGGCCUGAUGCCUCUCUGCGCCGUCUUGUUGUUGAUGUGUUCAUCAUGAAUGGUACCAAGGGCUGGCUUGAGGACUGGAAUGGUGAUGAAAACAUCCCGCAGACCUUUAUCUUGGACAUUGCUAAGGCGGCGCUGUCUGGCAACAACGGCCAAAGUAGGAAGAGGCCUGAUCCAAAAGACUACUAUGUAUAA